CAUAUCAAGUAACUAUAAUCGUCUUUGUGUAUUUUAUUCACACAGACAAAAUGGAAACCCCAAAGAUCACCAGCCACACAAAUCUUCUAUCGAAGAUAGACCUAGAAAAGCAAAGCCCUGCCCCCAUUUUCCCGACAAUCACUGAGCUUAAAACAGAAGCUAAGUCUCUCUUCUCCUUAGCCUUCCCGACAAUCCUCGCAGCCCUCAUCCUCUACGCUCGCUCCGCCAUCUCGAUGCUCUUCCUCGGCCAUAUCGGUGAACUAGAGCUCGCUGGUGGCUCCUUGGCCAUUGCCUUCGCCAACAUCACUGGCUACUCCGUUCUCGCGGGCCUUGCACUUGGCAUGGACCCACUCUGUUCGCAAGCCUUUGGAGCCGGCAAACCAAAACUCCUCUCUCUAACGCUUCAACGAACCGUACUUUUCUUACUCACAAGUUCGGUAGUAAUCUUCGCUCUGUGGCUCAACCUGGGUAAGAUCAUGAUCUAUCUUCAUCAAGAUCCAAGUAUCUCAUCGUUGGCCCAAACAUAUAUCCUCUGCUCUAUUCCUGAUUUGCUCACCAAUUCGUUUCUUCACCCUCUUCGUAUAUACCUUCGAGCACAAGGUAUCACAAGCCCUUUAACUCUCGCUACACUCGCUGGCACCAUCUUCCACAUACCCAUGAACUUUUUCCUCGUUUCUUACCUCGGAUGGGGUUUCAUGGGCGUUUCAAUGGCCGCAGCCGCUUCAAAUCUUUCUGUUGUCAUUUUCCUUGUGGCCCAUGUUUGGAUCACAGGUCUACACCAGCCAACGUGGACCCGCCCCAGCUCGGAAUGUUUCAAAGAUUGGGGACCACUGGUAAGCCUAGCAAUACCUAGCUGCGUCGGGGUAUGCCUAGAGUGGUGGUGGUACGAGAUCAUGACCGUUCUAUGUGGUUUGCUCAUAAACCCUAGUACUCCAGUGGCAGCAAUGGGCAUUCUUAUCCAAACGACGUCUUUGCUUUACAUUUUCCCAUCGUCUCUAGGGUUUGCAGUCUCCACUCGGGUGGGUAACGAACUCGGGUCUAACCGCCCAAACACGGCUAGGUUAUCAGCCAUAGUGGCGGUUUCAUUCGCUGGGGUAAUGGGUAUGACGGCGUCUGCGUUUGCUUGGGGCGUAAGCGAUGUCUGGGGGCGGAUUUUCACAAACGACAUUGAUAUCAUCCAAUUAACCGCAGCCGCGUUGCCAAUUCUCGGGCUUUGCGAGCUCGGGAACUGCCCGCAAACAGUAGGUUGCGGGGUUGUUAGAGGGACCGCUCGGCCGUCCAAGGCGGCCAACAUAAACCUAGGAGCGUUUUACCUCGUUGGAACGCCUGUAGCCGUUGGGCUAACGUUUUGGGCCGCAUAUGGAUUUUGCGGACUUUGGUUAGGUCUUUUCGCGGCUCAGAUAUGUUGUGCUGCCAUGAUGCUUUAUGUCGUGGCUACUACGGACUGGGAGAAAGAAGCAGAUAGAGCUAGAAAGCUAACGUGCACUGAAGGCGUUGAUGUGGUAAUAACAACGCAAACAAACGGAGACUUAUCGGAACCAUUAAUUUAUGUUGUCACUGUCGCUACUGACUGACAUCAAUCGUUGUUUUGAGUUGUUUUAUUUUAUUAUUGUGUUGUGAAUGAAUGAUCGGUUUUUUU